UCCUCCUCCUCCUCCUCCUCCUCUUCCUCUGGGAGUCCUUCGCGGCCCUCACGGCGCCGAGGGGCUUCAACGAGUCGCUCUUCUCUUCCAUCCCUAAGGGGACCAAGGAUUCCGACCUGGUCUGCUGCAUCCGCAGUGCCGACACGUUGCGACCCAUCACUCGCAAGAACACCGAUUCCAAGAUCUUCGCCUCCGCUGUUAAUCGGUUCAUAUGUCAUCAAGUGGAGUCCCACGCACAUCCCAUUCAGCAGGGCUUCAUCGAAGGCCGCAGCUUCUGCAACAACAUCCUGCAGAUCGAUCCCGAGGCUCGUGCAGCGGGCCUCCCAGCAGCUGCUGCCAUAGACAGGCCAUCGUCAUUGCUCUUCGACAUGACGGUGGCUUUCCCCUCUCUGGGGAGGCAAUGGCUGUUUGCAGCACUCAAGCGCUUCGGCUUCGGCUACUUCAACGCAGUCGCCGCUCUAUACGGCGGGUCCCGCGGCUACGUCAUGAUGAAUGGCUCCCUGCAUUUCCUGUGCUCCAUCAGCUCAGGGGUCACUCAGGGGUGCCCGCCAGGUACCGCAUGGGCAGUGGCCAUGAAUGCGGUCAUCCGAGCACUUGCCAACGUAGUCCCGUAUCUUUCUCGCGGUCUCGCCGCAGGUUGCGCUGACGAUCUCGCUGUCGUACUUCGCCACAUUCGGUAUCUACCACGGCUCGUGCAGAUUUUGGACAUGGCCACCAGGGUGGGCAACCUCUCCUUGCAGCCGAAGACAUGCAUCUUCAUCCCACUUUGGGCGGAGCUCCGCGAUGAGCCGAAAGGGUCGAUGCUGCAGCAUCUCCGUGUCCAUGCGCCGGACUGCCAAGAGCUCAUCAUCGCCGACGUGGGAAAGCAUUUGGGUUUGUAUGUAAGACUGGGAGCCAUUAACGACUUGCAGUGGGGCGAUACAGCUGCGAAGUGGUGGCAACGGCUCACCCUGGCCGCCGCGAUGGCCGCUCCCGUGGACGUCGAAGCCCGCCUGUACGCGACCUCAUGCUUGAUUGUUCUAUCGUACAUGGCCCCCCUCCCGAAGGAACGGUGGCCAAAGAGUUCCACGGCCUCCACAAGCUCUUGAGGAUGCCGCCCAGCACCUUCCGGUUGCAGGACAUUCUCUCGUUCGCCUGCUGGUUCUUCACGACGGCCGUGCCAUCGUUGAGGGCCACCGCGUUCGGCACCAUGUGGAGGAUGGCAAAGUUUACGUUACCCGGAUGGUUUGCUGCAUUCGACCGGUCACGACUGGCGGCGGAAUCGCUUGUGGGACUAGUAGAUUUCAGCCAUGGUCGGUGGUCUCCGGGCUUCUGGAAAACAAGUGAAUUCAUAGUAAAGCGCUUCCAGACUGCCAUCGAGGGUAAGCCAGCGCAUGCUCCGCAACGUCUUCAUCAAGACCUUCGCCGAGGAACGCCGCCCGCUUCCUCAGCGGGAAUUCGUGCGACCGCUGCAUGAAUUAUGGUAUCCAGACAAGUUCGACGUCACGCUCCAGAAGCAGAUUACGGCUUGGCUGGGCCCACAGCAGGUCCCUCAUGCUUUGCGACGCCGGUGGCUGCACCUCAAGGAGCACUUGCGGACGUUGCCGCCGCACGGCGUUGGAACAUCAUUCGUAUUCUGGUGGGCGAUUGGCAUGCACGCCUACCCCACGAAGUUUACCUGCAGGUGGAAGUGUGGUGAGGACAUGGGCGACAUUUCUCAUUACACUUCCUGUCGCCACGCCUGGCAUUGGAUGGCCCUGCCACGGAGCUUCCUACACCCAGACCCGCUGCACCGCAUCGGUCAUGGUAGGGAUUAUGACGACGAGGAGAACUCCCUAAGUGCCACAUGCAGACGCCUUGUGCUGCUGUACUACAUGUACUUCGAGAUCAAGCACGACCCAAACGCGAACCCGGAGGACGCGACUACGACGCUCACCGGCGGCUGCCCCGAGCCGCCUAGGACCGCUUCAACGACUGAUCCUGCUGCAGCGCGCUCGGGGCGCGCCGCCUGCUGGAGACUCUCCCGAGAGCCACCGUCACUCCUCC